AGUUGCUUUUUCCAACUGUAACUUGGUCCUUCUCCUGAAACAAAGCAAAAGCCACGCCUUGGCCGGACGCAGAGCGCAAAUCCCAUCAGCGCCUAGUAAACCUCCCUGACGCAAUGUCUGGCCUGCAGCCAGGGGGACCCUCCCUCGGUCUCGCCUUCCUUCCCUCUCUCCCGGUGGUCUCACCGUCACUUUGGCUUUCUGGUUGCCCCGGAAACUGUCCCGGCUGCGCCGCUGGACGUUUUGCCCCGUGCGCCCUGCAUCCCGCACCCAGGGGUCCCGCAUCGCAGCCAGAGCUGCAUCUCUGGAGCAGAGGCAGCGGUUCCGCUCCCCGAGACCAGGGUGGCGGAGACCAGGGCGAGGGUCCAGGAGUCUGGGACUCCGGAGUCCAGCCAGCACCGCGGCUUACCUGACUUGCCCAUGGCCGGCUCUGCGAGCUCCUCCGCUCCCGCUGCGGCUGCGGCUGCGGCUGCGCUGGCGGCACUUAGUGGCGGGCCCCAGCAGCUCCACCAGCCAGGAGUGGGCCGAGCGGCCGCAGUCCCUCCCCCGGAGCCGCCCGGCCUCCGCCUUAUAAGGGGUCAGUUCCAGUAUACUACUGGAGAGGAAUAUAUGAAAAUGGAUUUGGAAAGGAGAAUUCCAGGUAAAACAAACAAGUUGUGUAAGUAUAACUAACAAAUAAAACAUGGACAAUCUGGAAAAUUAUAAGUAAUGUGCUGCUAAAGUGUAAAGGUGGGAAGAAUCAGGGGCUAGAUUGAGAAAAGCUUGGUAUAAUAGCUGAGAAGCAUGAACUAUAUCUUAUAGGAGAGCCACUGAAGAAUUUUAAGGAGGGAAGUGACACAAUCAAAAUAGUCCUUAAAGGAAUCACUUUUGAGAGA